UCCACCUCAGAUCAUCAGGCUCAGUUUCCUCGCUCCUUGGCAAUCCCAGCACUGUCCAUCCGGCUGGUGCCCCCAUACCCAAGCAGCCAAGGGGACACCAUCCACAUUGCAUGCGUGGCCCCCGGGGACUUCCUGGGAGCGAAUUCCACACUGUAUCGAGGGGGGCAGGUGGUCCAGCUCCUGCAGGCCCCACCUAACCAGUGUGGAGUGACAUUCAACCUGAGUGGCAGCAGCAAUGAGGCUCCAGGGGUACCCUUCCACUGCCAGUAUAGAGUGAUAGGCGAGCACAACCAGCCCCAGCUGUCAGACCUCAGCGAGCCUUUGAGCAUCUUCCCAGUGCCCACUUGGAUCUUGGCGCUCUCCCUGAGCCUAGCUGGUGCCCUCCUCCUCCUUGCUGGGCUGGUAGCUGUUGCCCUUGUGGUCAGAAAAGUUAAACUCAAAAAUUUACAGAAGAAAAGAGAUGGAGAAUCCUGCUGGGCCCAGAUUAACUUCAACACCACAGACAUGUCCUUUGAUAACUCCUUGUUUACUGUCUCCCUGAAAAUGAUGCCAGAAGAAGACCCAGCCAGCUUGGAUGAUCACUCAGGCACCACCGCCACCCCUAGCAACGCCAGGUCCUGGAAGGUGCCCACUUCCAUGUCCUCCUCGCCUGAGCCCCUGGAGUUCAGCACUUCCGGGCCUGCCAGUGAGGCUGAGGACUGGGGCGCCUCCUCUGUCUCCAGGCAUUCGGGGCCUGAGGUCCCUCCAGCCACUUCAGGGGGAGGGGGUCUCUGUUGGCUGCUUUCUCAGGGAAUUGGACAGGAAAUGAAGGGGAACCCUGGCCUUGGGAUUUUCAUCACAGAGGACUGGGAGAGGGGGCACAGGUAUGGGCCUGGCACUGGACAGGCAACAAGAAGUUCCCCUCUCAUUGUGAUGUGAUUUAUAGAUAGAGAGACUAUAUGGCCAUAAUUAGUACAUUAGUCCUAUUUGGUUAAUGGCAAAAUUAGAUCAUAAAAAUGAUAUAAUUUCAAAUAAUUCUCCAUUCAGGUUAAUAGUUGAUAGUAAGGCUAUCAGCUGCUAACUCAUGCCUCCAUAUAUAACAAUAUGGCUUUCUAAACUUUUAAAGGUUAGAAGUAAUCUGCUGGCCUUAGGAGCCAAAAAAAUUGUGCAAAAGGCUAGGUUAGUUAGGCUAGCCCCUAUUUAUCAUGUUUUUGUUAAAGGAAGUAAUGUCUGUAGUCUGAGAGCUAAUAGUACAGAUGCUCCUCAACAUACAUUGGGGUUACUUCUGGAUAAUGUCAAAAAUACUGUUAAAUCAUUCCAUGUAACCCCUUGGUAAGUCAAGGAGCAUACUGAAUAUUGUAUUGCUUUCUCACCAUGGUAAAGUUGAAAAAUCGUAAGUCUAAGUGUCAUAAGUUGGGGAACCUUGUGUAUGAUUUGGCUGUGGAUUUGUUCAUAGUUUCAAUUUGGGUUUUUUGUUUGUUUUUGUUUU